GCAAGGAAAAUAUUCGGGCAGGUAGUGUCAGCUGUAAAAUACUGCCACAGCCUUGAUAUUGUCCAUCUUGAUAUAAAACCACAGAAUGUACUCCGGGAUGAGGUGGGUAAUGUAAAACUGAUAGACUUUGGGCUGGCCACCAAGUGCACACCUGGCACAUUACUAAAUCGGUACUGUGGGACUAGGAGCUGUUUUUCCCCAGAGAUUGCACUAAGGGUGGAAUAUGAUGGAAAGAAGUCCGAUGUGUGGAGUUUGGGAGUGCUACUAUUUUUUAUUACUAUUGGACACUACCCCUUCAGGGGAAUAACGGUGAAGGAGGUGGAAGAGAAGAUCACAACAGGGACCUAUGACAUUCCAUCUCAUGUCCCUGGGCAACUAGAAAACCUAAUCCAUCAAUUGCUCACAGUUUCCCCAGAGAUGAGGCCCUCCAUAGAAAACAUUGAGAAACAUCCAUGGGUGAUAAAGUGUGAGGUAGACAUUCCAACUGAGAUCAAUCCAGAUUACAACAUCAUAGACAGGCUCUGUGGCAUGGGAUUUGAUGCAAAUGAGAUUAUAGAAUCACUCCACAACAAAAAAUACAACGAACCCAUGGCGGCAUAUUUAAUUAUUAAAGCCCAGGUAGAGAAGAGGCAUGAGGAUACCUCUACUGCUUCAUUUGAAACUGAUCAGUGCCCUAUACCACCCCCUUCACCAGCACAUCCCUCUACCUCUGGGCUUCCCCUAAAGAAAAGGGCCAGUGAGCCCAACUUUAGCCUCCUCCACAUCCAGCCCUCAAGAAAGCAAGUGCCUGUUGCCCUGACACGAUCUCAACACAAUGUGGCCAGAAGUGUCUCCAUGCCUCCCAUUUCUCUAGAAUAUUCAGAGAAUAAGACCAGCAGCACUUCCACCUGUGCCCUCUAUUACGGAGCUGUGGCUGCCCCAAGUGUCUGUAACAUCAUAGAGGAGGAUGAAUUGAAUGUGCCACCUGAGCAAGAUUUUGACAUAAAAACACCAUCGCCUCCUAAGAAGACCGGGCGCUUUAAGAGAGUCACUAAGAGAAUCAGGGCGUGCCUAUCAAGGCUUUGCUGUUUCCCCUGUGCUCGAAAGAAAAAGACCCAGGAUACAUCCUCCAAGGAAGUGGCUCCCCUGAAAGAGGCAGGAGGCAGAACACAAUAA